AAAUAUAUGACUAAACAACGAAAGUAAACGUAACAAAUCGGAAUGCAGCACAUAAGUCCAGUUUAAUCAGUAAAUCGCAUUCUCCAUUAGCUAUAAAUUGAAUCAUGCUUAUAUGUUACCACAAAGUUUAAUACUUUUAUUACCACUGGCAUAAUGUUUUGUGUAUUUGCACCCUAUGUCUGUUUUAUCUAGAUAUCUAAAAUAGGAGACAUAAAUUGUCUAUUUUAUCUAAGAUCAGAAUGCUUCUCUAGAAGUGUUGUGUUCAAUGCUUUUGGUGAAUUAGGGAAGUCCAAUGUGAUGGACGCCAUCAGCUUUGCCACGGGGGCGCGGGCCGCUUCUCUCCGUGUGAAACAGCUCAGAGAGCUGAUCCAUGGAGCUCGCAUCGGGCACCCAGUGGCGAAGACCGCAAGAGUGACAAUCCGGUACCGCGACGACGAGGAGCAUGACACUUCCUUCCGACGUAGUAUCUCCGGUGACUCCUCUGAGUAUCACAUCAACGGCGAACAUGUAACUCAUUCCAAAUAUAUGGAGGAGCUGGAGAAGGUCAACAUCUUGGCCAAAGCUCAAAAUUGUCUGGUGUUUCAGGGGACAGUGGAGACCAUUGCUUUGAAGGACCCCAAAGAGAGAACCAAGAUGUUUGAGAGUAUCAGUCAGUCCAGAGAGCUAGCUGCAGAAUACAAUAAAAAGAACGAUGCGAUGCUGAGAGCGAAAGAGGACACACAGUUUCAUUUCAGCAAAAAAAGAUCUGCAACUGUUGAGAAGAAGCAAGUGUCCCAGGAAAAAAUAGAGGCAGAGAAGUACCAGGCAGUGCUGGACGAGCUGUACCAGAAACGUCUGCAGCUUGGCCUGAUGGAGCUCUACCAUAAUGAGAGAACAAUCCACAAGCUGAGUGACGAUCUGAAGGAGAAGCAGCAGACUGCAGCCGCCAAGACCAGUACUGUGAAAACCUGGGAGCAGAAGGUCAAAACCCUCAAGAAGGAGCAUGGAUGUCUCAGCAGAGAGCAGCAACACAUCGACAAGGAACUCUGUACCCAGGAGCACAUUCUGUCCCAGUGUAUGUCCAAGUACAUCAAAGCAAAAAUAAACAGCUCCCAUCAUAUGAAGAAAGCUGAGGAGCUCCGUACCAAACUGAAGAAGAACCAGAAGCUGGUGGUGAUUAAAGAGCAGGAGCUGGUAGAGGGACAGCAGGAGAUCAUUGAAAUGGAGAAGACCUGGAGGAAAUAUGAGAGGCAGGAACAGGAAGUUACCCGAGGGAGGGAUAUUGAGCUGGACCAGGACCAGUUUGAGCGAUACAAAGAGCUGAAAGAGGUCAGCCGUAAGCAGACUGCUGUCCUCAGACAGCAGGUCGAUAGACUGCACUGGGAGGUCAAAGCAAACUACGCGAAGAUUGCUUUAGACCAGCGUAGAAGGAAAGAGGUGGAGGUCGCCAUCAGGAACAACCACACUGAGCUUGAAGAUCUGACACAUAGAGCAGAGAAACUGGAGGAGUACACCAAGACCUGCCAGUCAGCCACUGAGGAAUACUGUCAGCAGGAGAAGAAUCUGAGCACUGAGCUUCGGCAGGUUCACCAGCGCUCUGAGGAGGUGAAACAGGACCUGCGUCAGGUUGUGGAGGAGCUGGAGAAUGCCAGCCUUGACAGUCACGAGAGCAGACGACAGCUGCGACGAAAAGAGCUGCUGGAGAAACUCCACAGGCUCUACCCUGACACUGUGUAUGGCCGCUUGUGUGACCUGUGUAGCCCCAUCCAUAAGAAGUACCAGCUGGCUGUCACCAAGGUCUUUGGACACUUCAUGAACUCUGUUGUUGUGGCUUCAGAGAAAGUGGCCCGAGACUGCAUUCAGUUCACCAAGGAGGAGUUAUUUGAACCUGAAACCUUCCUGCCCGUCAGCUAUCUGGAUGUACAUCCUCUAAAUGAACGGCUUAGGGAGAUGACUGGUGUUAAGAUGGUGGUGGAUGUUGUUCAGGUGAACACACCUACACUUGCCACUCAGAUGAAGAAGGUAAUUCAGUUUGUUUGUGGAAAUGCUCUGGUGUGUGAGACCAUCAAAGAGGCGAGGAGUGUGGCCUUUGGCAGACUGGAGCGCUAUAAGACCGUAUCUCUGGAUGGAACACUUUUCUCCAAGUCAGGAGUGAUUUCCGGAGGCUCCAGGGACCUGCAGAGGAAAGCGUACUGCUGGGAUGAGAAGGAGAUGAGAAAACUGAAGGAACGCAAAGACCAAUUGAUGGCAGAACUGAGCGAACUGAUGAAGCUGAGGCGAAAGGAAUCAGACCUGAAACAGGUCAUUGCUCAGGCUCAGGGUGCUCAGACUCGCCUCAAAUACUCCAAUGCUGAGCUAGACAACAUUCGUAAAAACAAAAUCCUCAGAUGCCAAGCGGAUAUUUCUCAUUUGGAGAGUGAUUUAACAAACCUAGACUCAGAGAUCCAGAUGCAGGAGGAUAGCGUAGAUGUGAAGGCUGUAGAGAUGAAGAAGAUCAGAGACCAGAUCAACCAGAUGGAGGACUUGGUGUUUUCUGACUUCUGUGCUGAGAUCAAAGUGGACAGUAUCAGGGAGUAUGAGCAGGAGCAUGUGAAACAGCAAACGGAGCAGGAGAAGAAGAGGCUGCAGUUUGAAGCUCAGGUUGCUUAUCUGAAUGCACAGCUGGAAUAUGGACAGGAGUGGCUGGAGCAGCAGAAGAAGGAGCUUCAUCAUACCAGAGAGGCGAUGGACAAAGAGCAGAAAGCCGUGGUCGAGCAUAGGAAGGAUGAGGAGAAGCUGCUGGCUGCAGUGGAGGUGAAUCAGAACAACAUCCUGGAUCUGAAGAACCAGCUUUUAGCCAAGGAGAACCAAGUGUUGGCUGCCAAAACUGAACUGGACCAGAAAAUUCAAACCCUCCAAGAGAUUAACAAAGAGCUGGUGAAGCUCCAGCAGAAGGUGAUGUCUGUAGAAACAGCCUGGGAGCAAAAAUGUCUGUCCAGACACAACCUGCUUCUGGACUGUAAAAUCCAAGGACUGCCGAUCACUCUGCUGUCAGGAAGUCUGGAUGAAAUCACUCAGGUGCAGCUGGAUUCAGAGUCUGGAAGCACUGGGACCACUAUGGACUUGUUUGAGAGGGAAGCCCAGCUCAUCAUUGACUACUCAGUUCUGCAGGAAGAGUUCAGGAAUCUGCAAGAUGAUGAGGAGGUGAAUUCCUGCUUGGAGAAGCUGAAGGAUUCCGUCACCUCCAUAGAGGAAGUGUUAAAUCGCACUGCUGUUCCUAACCUUAAAGCUCUGGAGAAAAUGAGGGAGGUGAGGGAGAAGCUGCAUGGACUGAUGGAAGCCUUUGAUGCCAGCAGCAAAGAAUCUCGGAAGUGUAGUCAGGAGUUUGAGGAGAUCAAAGGUCGCCGCUGCCAGCUCUUCAGCCAGUGCUUUGAACACGUGUCUGUUGCUGUCGACCACAUCUAUAAAAGUAUCUGCAGGAACAGCAGCGCUCAGGCCAUUCUAAGUGCAGAGAACCCUGAGGAGCCGUAUCUGGGCGGCAUCAGCUACAACUGUGUAGCUCCAGGAAAACGCUUCAUGUCCAUGGACAAUCUAUCUGGAGGAGAGAAGGCACUCGCUGCCCUGGCUCUAGUGUUCGCCAUCCACAGCUUCCGCCCGGCUCCUUUCCUUAUUUUGGACGAGGUGGAUGCAGCUUUAGACAACUCCAACAUUGGAAAGGUGACCAGUUUCAUCAGACACGAGUCCAGCAGGAACAUGCAGAUCAUCACCAUUUCACUGAAGGAGGAAUUUUUCUCCAAAGCCGAUGCUCUGCUGGGAGUUUACUCAGAUGUGGACGAAUGUAUGUGUAUGUUCAGCCACAUCCUGACCCUUGACCUGCGUGCAUAUCCUGAGGUUGAAGAGGAUGGCAGGAAACAGACAGACACAAGCCAGGAUUCACAGUCAUCUGCAUGAAGUUCUCAUUUUGCUGUCAUCACAGUUUGUGUGUUUUGAAUCAUUUUCAUAAACCACCUAAAGUUGGUGUUGUUUAAGGCUGUUUUAUUAAUUUGACUUCAAUGAUUCAUCAAAGCGGUUUCAAGAAGAACUGGAGCUUUCAGUUUGUGUAACAGUUUAACUGGUUGUGUUUUAAUACCAGUUCGAACAAAUUAAUCAGUACAGGUUAAAAGUUGUCAUAUCUCUGCUUUAUCUCCAGGGUCUGAGUCCUGAACCUUCAAUAUUUCUUGUGUUCUUACAAUCUUAUGAAAGUUAUGGAUCUGUAUUAAAUGCUCUUUUCGCUUCCUCCCUGCUUGACCGAAGUGGUCAUUUUUAAGUUUUUUGAGGUGUAAACUGACUUCUGUGAAUUGUGAUGAACAUGUCUGCACAGGUGAAAAUACACUUUAAAAAUGUCACUUUCAGAUAGUCAUCACCGUCUGGAAGACUCUAGUCUUUUUUCAGAAUCUAGAAUUUAGUUGGACUAAAGUUACAUUUUAUGGUUGUUUUGGAUUUGCUACUGUUUGGCCACAGUAAUGUCACUACAAAUUACAAGUUUGAUUCAAUGAAA